UCUUCGAUCAAGGUCGUUACUGUCAAAGAUGUGAAGUAGUGCAGUGCGGCAUUUCUCGCGAUAACAACAAAUUACUUUAGCGAAAGUAGAAAGUGUUUUGUUUCGGAUCGGCUUCGAACUGUUUCCACUUUUCCCAUCCGGGAAUCCAUGAAGAAGUGGAGAUGGCGUCGGAAUCGAAAAACCCAAUAAUACAACGACCUACUUCAGAAAACAAUCAAAUUUCUAGUAAGAAAAAUCCCAUAAAUUUGUUUCCGAAGCAGCCGGAGUGCUCGCACGUGUCUUGCUACUGCUUUGGUUACCCUCCACAAAGCAUGGAAAAACUUGCGACUUUUUCAAACGAAUGUGAAGAAAAUGUUUACAAGCUAUGCCAGGAUGUCUCAUCGAAACACUCCAGUGAAAUUCACAAAUGUUUUGUAGUUUUUGUUUCGAACCCCAGUCGGACUGUGCCACUGUGGCGGCAACGAGCUGGCAAAGACGAGGAUAAGCUAGUCAUUUGGGAUUACCAUGUGAUCUUUUUGUAUCAACCCGAACCGGAGAAAUGCUUAGUUUACGACUUAGACUCGGAGCUACCCUUUCCCACGUAUGUACAUAAAUAUGUGACGGAAACGUUUCGCACAGACCACAUUCUGAAACCGGAUUACUUCAGAUAUUUUAGGGUGAUUCCGGCGAGUGAUUUUUUAAAAGAGUUCUCCUCUGACCGAAGGCACAUGAAAAGGCCUGAUGGCACUUGGAUUAAGCCUCCACCGAACUACCCCGCCAUUCAGACUGCAGCAAAUGCGCACAACCUAGAGGAUUACAUUCAGAUGGAUUCUUCAAAGGGUCCAGGGCAAGUCUUGAAUUUGACUCAAUUUGUGCAACGCUUCUAUAAGCCUGCGACAUAGUUAUUCUAAGGAAAAAAGAGUGAAUAAACUAAGUCAAUUUUGAUUUGUGCUCUUACAUAUAGUAACAGAGCAUAAUAAUAAAUGUUUGUCAUCGAAAACUCAAGUUGUGCUUCUACAUAUAUCUAUCUAAAGUUUCUACUCUUUUUCUCUACUCAUCUUGUUAACGUAUAUAUGAAUGUUGGUUGGAUUUUUGAUGUCUUGUUCGACAGUUUUUACAGCGAUUGAAGUACUGAUUUUCUUAGCUUUGAUGUCAAAUGUGCUCAUUAAACAAAUUUUUAACUCUCUUGCCAUCCACAUAUUUCUUAUGCUUAAAUUUCACCUAAGAUGUGAUAUUUUUCUUUAGGAAAGACAUUGUUGAUAAAUUUCAUUAUGUAGUUAAUGUUAUAUGUCCACAAAUUUAUAUAAUAUUUAUCAAGACUUUUAUAUAUAUACAUGUAAUGUACAUUGUGUCAUGUUCCAAUUCUAAAUAUUAAUGUUGGCGUUAAGAAUAACACAGUUUUAAUCCGUUAAUCAAAACAAGUCGUUUCUUUACUGUCUUUGUAUCGUGAAAGGCCGUAAACAUUUUUUAUUGAAAUUUUUACUAAGACUGCACAUUUGCCUUCCAUUUUAACUUUAUACACACAACAUGGAAAAUUCAUUAAGCCAUUUGCAAGUACAAUCAUUUUUUUCUCAGGAGUGUUCUUAGCUUUGUAUUCGUUUAGUUGGAGAGUUUUUCGUUUUAUGAUAAGAAUUUUAAAGUACAAAUUAGUUGAGGAUUUUUCUUGCUUCAGUGCGUAAAGGCCUAAUUGUAAAUGUUACUUGUGAUGUAGCUUAGCAGUUUUGUAAUUCAUGUCUUAUCGAUAUAGUGGUAUAUUGAAUUGUAAAUUUGUACUUUGCAAAUUCAAUAAAGCACUUUAAACAA